UGUGUAGGAUUUAGGGACAUACACUGGUAGAAAAGGAAUAUAAUAUAAUAAGGAUUUUUCUUUAGUGUGUAAUCAGCUCAAAAUAAGAAUUGUUGUGUUUUCAUUAUCUUAAAAUUAUCCUUUUAUAUCUGUGGAGCAGGUCCUUGUCCACAGAGUCAGCUAUGUUGCGCUGCCAUUUUUCUGUAGUAGCUCAAAAUGGAUAGACCAAACUCUGGCUCUCGAUGUGGCCAUUCACAUAUUUAUGUUUUUGCGUUUUUGUAUCAGCCACCAUAGUUAGCAGCUCCUCCACGAUUAGCAUCGUCGGAAAAACAGUUUUUUAAAACAUGAAACCGCGUUAUUCAGUGUUUUCAGUGUUUUUAUCAGUUAGCGGUAUCAAAACCUGAACAACGAACAGUGGAAGAAUUCUAACUGGGAGAAGUUUUAGCUGGUUGCAAACUGCAAUCCUCACUGUUAGAUGCCAUUAAAUCCCCCUAAAUCUUAAACGAUGCGCCUUUAAAGAUCCAGUGUGUAGGAUUUAGUGGCAUCUAGUGGUGAGGUUGCAGAACUGAAACUUCUCCCAUGUGCCAAGCAGGGGCGGACUGGGACACAAAUUCAGCCCGGGACAUUCAGGCGCACCGGCUUACACACUGGCCCACGCACUGGCCCACGCACCGGCCCACACGUUUCUACCUAUGAUCCUCUAUAUGCUUGUACACACUACACAAAUGCACUGACUAAUUUCUAUACAAAGACAUCAGUAAUUGUCUGCCCUGCCCUGCCCAACCCUGCUCUUGUAUUACAUUAAGCCCAAUUUAUAUCUCCAUGGCUCACAGCCAUGAACUAAGGAGGUAUAAAUUGGGCAAUAGGCCCUGUAGUCAACUUUUAGUCAACUUAUUACUACAACAAAAAAAUCCCACUUAGUACUACUAAAAAGGUUUUCCUCUGGCUAAAAUGUAAUGCAUAGUAGGCUAUGCCUUCACAAUGCACCUGUCAUAUUUCUGGUCUCAUCCUCCUCCUCAUCACGACUGGGGUUAGUCUGUCCCUCAGCUUCAUUGUCCUUGGGACUGGGAGCACCACCUAACGUUAAUUGCGUGCAUCCACAGGAAAAAAGCAAGCACAUAUUUUCUUUUAGUACAGGUUCAAAUUAUAAUGACUUAAUGCAAUACCUAGUAGGCUAGUUGGCCUCUUGAACCGGACACCAAGAAGAAAUAUGCAAUUUGCCAAAGCCAACCUUGUAUGUAGGAUAACUACGAUGGCCCAUAAGAAAACACAAAAAUGCAAAUGGCCUAACCUAAAGCCAGUGUCUGAUUUGUCCGUUCUGGGCUACUGUAGAACAACAUGGCAGACUCUGUGAAAGCGGACCCGAACCCUUUGAUAUAAACAGCUCAAUUUCAGGUAACAAAAACAGAACUAUUCGCAUUUUCAGGUGAUUUUAAACAAAUGAAAACAGUUUCUGAUCACCAUUUCUGCCGAUAGAUGCCCCUGAAUCCUACACACUGGACCUUUAAAUGAAGAUCCUCUCCUGUUUAGCAAACACGAUAAAAGCUCAUUUCCAACAAAAUGUUUGUAUUUGUGCUGCCAGUUACAAAUCUGGGAAACCUGAGUCAGUCUGUUAUCUCUGAUGUUGCCUAAGUGAGACAUCUGUUUGCUUUAGAAAAGCUAGAUAGAAGCUGUCACGUAUGUCUCUACAAGAAGAGUGAGAUGUCCUCUGCUUGGAGGACUACCUAUCCAUUAUCUGUUGCAGAAGGAAUGUUUUGUCAGUGAGAUCCUUAUUAUCAGCUACUGGUGUAAACGCUCUGACCUUGGGAGGCUAUAGCAAGACCUUGGCCUGGAAAAACGAGGCUGUGACGCACAGAGAGCUGCAGUCCUGCACGUUAUAGAACAGGUGUGCAGGGAUGCUUAUGAAGCAGUAAAAUAAAAGUACAUCACAGGCUGUAUCCCCACUGUACAAUGACUGAAUGUAAAUGUUUGGCUUGAUGUUAUACUUAAACAGAGUACACAUAUCAAAAAGAAAAGUGUGUUUCUAAAUAAAGCCCAAUAUAUGGCAGUAUUACUCAUGUAAUACUGAGAGACAGGAGAUGUAUGUGUGUAUGUUAUAUGUUAUGUAACUUCAGACAUUUCAAUCAGUCAUUUCAAUUUAAGCAUCUCAGACCGUCUUUUCAUACAUACCGUACAUCCUGCCUGAAAGAAUCUUUGUCUGAGGGGAAUCACAAUGGAAUGCCAACACAUUCCCAGCUGGCGUUUUAAAAUGUGAUUUUUGUGGAAUUUCCAGAGCUAAACGGGGAUAGAUAGCUUUUUGUGUCAUGGCAUGACAGCUUCCUUGAUUUGCACAUGAGUAAGGCAUCACAUGGGACAAAGUGUGACAGAUAAAAUUGUUAAGGCCAUCAGACCAUCGGACCAUCAUGGCAGAACAAAACAGGAAUGCAUGGCUCGUUAGUGUUUAUGUGUUUCAAUCCAUCUUUCUGAGAUUUAAGAUGUAAAAAAAUGUGUGUCUCAUCAUACAUUUUACAGUAUCUUAGCAUUAUUUCCAUAAUUUGUCACGUGUAUAACAGGCAUUUUGUUUCGAGUCAAGACAGUCCAUCAUUUCUCAAAACAUGCUUACCUUUCAUAAUUGUUUAAGGCACAAUUAUAUCAAAUUCAGUUCUAGGAGCGUAAUAAUAAUAUAUCUAUUAUUUUAGGGCUUUCCUGUCAUGUGUACACACAGUCUGGUACAGUAACGUUGGAAACUGAUAUCUAAAAACCUUGUCAGUACAAGAAGCAGAUCAUGCCAACAUGGAUUAAACAUGUUUAGUGGCUUUAACUGUCAUCUUCUGUAUGGUCUGUCCGUUGGGUCAAAAAGGUCAGUGCAUCACCAAGGAUUCACCUCAGCAACAGCCAAUUUCAUUUAAUGAGGCCAGUGAAGGGGGGAGCACCUCACUCCCUACCCUCUGAUAUCAUCUUACCUGUAACACUGGGACAUUGUCUGUGGCAAAUGUUCGAGCGGCCCACUUUGGAAAACAUUUUGCAGGUAUGCUGGGCAUUUUCACACUUCAGAGGGAUGUUCACAUUUUCGGGGUCAUGUAUGUCUUGCACCCAGACUGAUAUGGGGGGAUUAGAGCUUAAGCGUGUCAUGUGCAUGAAGAAACCUGUACCUGGUGUGUUUUGUUUGUGUUCUCUAUGCGUGAGCUGCCAGAGGCUCAGGUGUAACACAUACAGUCCUCAGCUCAGAGGGUGUUGGGUUUCAACCCAGCAGGGUCUGGCUGGCCUCCUCCAGCUACUGUUACCAGGCUACUCUCAUCACUUAUUUAUCUGCUCUCCUCACCCCAAAGCUCUCGGUGGCUAUUUGGUUGGGUGGUUGGUCGGCUAAGCGGGGGGAAGGACAGAAUUUCCCUUUUUGCCAGAGCAGUGCACCAUCAGGGCUCCUAGAGGAGCACCGUACCUGAGCUGGGGCCCGAUGCAGAACGGGGAGGCUAUGAGCCCACAGGACUCUGAGGCCAUGGAGGAGCAGAAGGCCCAGCACCAGAAUCAGGGUUGUGUGGAGCCCACAGCACCGCCGCUUCCUCCUCCCUCACCGCCACCACCAGGGCCACCAGAAUACCCCAGACCUCGGCUCAUCUUCCACACCCAGUUGGCUCACGGGAGUCCCACAGGCCGCAUCCAUGGAUUCACCAAUGUCAAGGAGCUGUACGCCAAGAUCGCUGAAGUGUUCAACAUCUCCCCCUCAGAGAUCCUGUUCUGCACCCUCAACUCUCACAAAGUGGACAUGCAGAAGCUGCUGGGGGGACAGAUCGGACUGGAAGACUUCAUCUUCGCUCACGUCAGAGGGGAGACCAAGGAGGUGGAGGUGACAAAGACAGAAGACGCGUUGGGCCUCACUAUCACAGACAAUGGAGCCGGAUACGCUUUCAUCAAGAGGAUAAAGGAAGGCAGCACCAUAGACCGGCUGAAGACGGUAUGUGUUGGUGACCACAUCGAGGCCAUCAACGACCAGAGCAUUGUAGGCUGUCGACACUACGAGGUGGCUAAGAUGCUGAAAGAGCAAGCGAGAGGCAUACCCUUCACUCUCCGCCUGGUGGGGCCCAAGAAGGCCUUUGACAUGAUUGGGAUGAGGACCAGAGCUCCAAAAUCUAACGAGGGCAAGAUGGUGAAUGGCAGGGAGACGCUGCGUCUUCGCUCGAAGGGGGCUGCUACAGUUCAGGAAGUGAACGAGUUUGAAGAACAGGCCACCAAAAAAGUGGACGACCUGCUGGAGAGCUACAUGGGUAUUAGAGAUCUGGAGCUGGCAACCACCAUCGUGGAAGCGGGCAAAGACAAGAAGAACCCUGAUGACUUUGCCGAGGCCUUGGACUCCGUUCUGGGAGAUUUUGCUUUCCCUGAUGUGUUUUUGUUUGAUGUAUGGGGAGCUAUUGGAGACGUCAAGAAUGGUAGAAUGUAGACAUUUACCAUAUGCACAACAUUGAGAGCGAGCUCUGUUCCCUGGUACAUCCUACUGGGAAAAAUGUAUAGAAGGGACUUAUUAAUUAUUAAUUAACAAAUUUAAUUCAACCAUUUCCCUUUGAACAGUUAAAUGACAACAAAUUGCCCAUAAACAGAUCAUCACUCUUAAUGUUUUCCUGCAAUUUGACAAAAUUUACCAAUAAACACAAAACACAGAUAUUUGCAGUAGUUCUUAAAUGCAUUUGGACUAAAAAACAAAAAAAAUUGAACUGAACCGCAACUGUGUGUCGCUGAUGAUCUUUAGAAAAAAGUGACAGUAAAAUGUGUUGGUUCACAUAAAUACAUACUUACUUCCAUUUUGAUUAAAGAUAAAAGUUUAUCAAAUGUUAUAAGGGCUCUCUCUCCAUACAUAUAGACCACUGUGUAUAGGAUAUGUAAACAAUGUGUCAGGAAACACAACUGUAAAACAGCGGACAAUCAGCCAGCCAUCUAGGAAUUAAGGAAGUGAGAUAAGCUACAGUCGGCCUUUUUCCUCUGAUGAAGGACAACUGGGGUAAACAGGAGAGGAAUGGUGAGAACGUAUUUGUCUAGUUCUCCAUGACCAAUAACCUACACAGGCUAGAGAUCUACGUGCAUUAUCUAUAAGUUAUAAUAUGUUUUCAUACAGGCUGUUACUAUAUUUAUAUAGAACUGGUUUACUCUAUUGAAAUAACCAAUUUAAAUAUUUUCAAUCCUCAGGAAGUGACUGAUCUAAACUAUUUUAAGACAUUAAUCAAAUUCGUCAUCUGGAAAUGGGAUCAUCUGGGGAAGAAGGUCAAAGGGACGAUCUCCAGCUGAUGGCACUGUCCUGCAAUUUCCCAUAUGAUGGUGACUGGCAACUAAGCCCAUAUUUCCCACGAUAAAAAAAUCCCAAACAAAUUAAGCUAGCUUGUUUGCGUGUAAACCAUUUCCUUGGAGUUCCCUGCUGCGAUGUUGCCUGAAAAAAAUGAAGGUCUUCAUGCCCACUAAUAUUAAAGUAACUUUUCACUUGCUUCCACUUUUGCCAUAAGCUUACAGGAAACAUUUCUGGUUUGUUUCAAUAAGAGAAUGUAAAUACUUGACCAGUUUGUUGCAGUCUUUAUUCUUCAGUAUCAAUAUGCUGCUCUUUUUUGUCUGUCUCUGCAUUGAAGAAUCUUUACUGUAAGAAGAAGGGAGCAUCAAACCAUGUGUUGACUCGACUCGACUUCACUCAGUAUUUUUCUGAUCGUGAUGCUGUCUUUAAUCUCUUUGUAUAUGACUGCGCCUCUUUGUGAAGACCUGAAAAUGUAUGGCACAUUUCACAUGUUUAAAUUUUAAGUAAAACAGUUGAAACCACAGUUGUUAAGCCUGUCUCUCUGUGUGUGUUUAACAGAAAAGCCCAUUUAGAAGAUUUAAAGGUGUUUAUUUAUAUGUACAAUCACAUGCCAUUUCUGUAAAGCACAUUCAACAUUUACACUUCAUUUUACAGGAUGCUGCUGCUCAGGAGUUAGAGAAAAACACAUCUUACCUAUUAUCAAUGACCGUGCCAGUGAUUUGCUUAACUGAGUGACAUUUUGACCGGUAUGACUGAUAUUACAAUGUUGAAAACAGAUAAAUAUGAAUAGUUGGGUGACUGAGUGAUCAAGAAGAGCAAAAGAUGACUGUUUCAGUUUUUUUUGUUUUGUUUUUUUUUUU